CCUUUUCCCUAUUGUCUCUUUUUUAGUAUAGAAAAAAUAUUGGGAAGGAAAUGGAAAGACAGCGCGUAAUUCCGCGUACAAGACUCUCCGACGAAGUCAAAGUCUUUACAAAGCUUUAUUUUCCCUUCAUCUCCUCUGCUUCCCUUUUUGCUUUUUCUGUACUUACACCAUAAUCACAUACCUAUAAUCUCAAUCAAAUACGUAUACUAUCUGUAAGGCAGAGGCAGCAGAUACUGUACAUACCUCUGUAAUUGGUUUUCGUUUGAUUGGAACUGUAGGAAAGAUUGGGGAAUUCAGGAGAGAUGUCGAAUUUACACGGAGGGGAUUUCAGCAAUAAAAUUGACUAUGUGUUUAAAAUCGUAUUGAUCGGCGAUUCGGCCGUCGGGAAAUCGCAGCUUCUGGCGCGAUUCGCCAGGAACGAGUUUAGUUUGGACUCCAGGUCCACGAUCGGAGUGGAGUUCCAGACGCGGACACUUAUGAUCGAUCACAAGAGUGUCAAGGCGCAGAUUUGGGACACCGCUGGCCAGGAAAGAUAUAGGGCUGUGACCAGUGCGUAUUAUAGAGGAGCAGUGGGGGCAAUGCUAGUUUAUGAUAUCACCAAACGUCAAUCAUUUGAUCAUGUAGCUAGGUGGCUGGAGGAAUUGCGUGGCCAUGCUGACAAGAACAUUGUCAUUAUGCUUGUAGGCAACAAAUCUGACCUGGAAAGUCAUCGAUCUGUAACAACAGAAGAUGCUAAGGAUUUUGCCCAGAGGGAGAACCUAUUCUUUAUGGAAACAUCAGCACUUGAGGCAACCAAUGUUGAGCCAGCUUUCAUAACUGUCCUGACCGAGAUUUAUCGCGUAGUCAGCAAGAAAUCACUUGUUGCAAAUGAAGCAGAAUCUGGAGGAAAUGAAGCACUUCUCAAGGGAACCAAGAUUGUUGUUCCUGGACAAGAACCGGUACCUGCUGGCAGCAAGUUCAGCUGUUGUGGAUCGUAGUACAGCCAUUUGUUCAUUUUUCAGAGUGUAUUUUUUGUUGUAAGCACCUGAGGCCAAUAUAAAUUUUUCCACAGUUCAAAUAACACGUGUGUAUGAUUUAUAUUUUUUUUAUUUGCAACUUCGAUCCUUCCUGAAUUUCUUCCACCCUGACUACCCCUCCCCCCUGAGAUUGUACCCAACAUUCCAACAACACAUCUCCAAACAAAAACAUUUAGUUUCUACCCAGUUAUUAUUCAUUACUGCAUGUCAAGAUUUAAUGGGAACAA